CCGGACCAAAACAGGAAUUGAGACAUGGAGCGAGUGUUCGGCGGAGUUGAGGGGGGAGGGACGCACUCCAAAGCAGUGUUGUUGUCAGCGGAUGGGAAGGUGUUGGCAGAGACGUCGGGACCAUCCACCAACCACUGGCUGGUCGGCGUGGACAAGUGUAUCUCAACGAUCGACGACAUGGUCCAAAGAGCCAAGGUCGAGGCGGGGCUGGAUCCAGGCACGCGGUUAUACUCCCUGGGCAUGUCUCUGAGCGGAGGCGAGCAGAAGGAUGCCAUCGACAGACUCAUCGCUCUCAUGAAGGAGCGGUUCCCCAGCCUCAGCGAACGUUACUUCAUCACCACAGACGCCAUCGGUGCCAUGGCCACGGCCAGCAAUCGAGGGGGCAUAGUCCUGAUAUCAGGGACCGGAUCAAACUGCAAACUAGUCAAUCCUGAUGGCUCGCAGGUCGGCUGUGGGGGCUGGGGUCACAUGAUGGGCGAUGAAGGAUCAGCCUUCUGGAUAGCUCACCUGGCUGUGAAGACGGUGUUCGACAGCAGAGACAAACUGGUCGUUCCUCCUCACGACACCACGCAUGUUAGAAAAGCCAUGGAGGAGUACUUCCAGGUGUCAGAUCUGAUGGGUAUGCUGCCACAUCUCUACAGAAACUUCCAGAAGUCUCAUUUUGCAGGGUUCUGCAAGAAGGUGGCUGAAGGUGCCGAGGCGGGGGACGCUCUCUGUCGGCAUGUGUUUGCUCAAGCUGGACGAGUCCUGGCAAAACAUGUAGAAGCAGUCUUACCUGCAGCGCAGGAGCCACUAUUGAGCGGCGACCUCGGCCUGCCAAUCCUGUGCGUGGGCUCGGUGUGGAAGAGCUGGGAGCUCCUGAAGCCAGGUUUCACUGAAGUCUUGGAUAAACUGGCAUCAUCUGACAAGCACAAGGGUCAUUUCUGCAGCUACAGCCUUCUGAUUUUGCAGCGGUCCUCGGCGCUCGGUGGCGCCGGCCUCGGAGCGCAGCAUUCAGGUGCUACCAUAGCCAUGGAUUAUGCCGCCAAUGCCAAAGUCUUCUAUCAACACACCUUCAGCAGCUGAGUUGCGGGAAGACUUGCCGGACGUUUUUUAAAUUUUUAACAUGAUUGUUUUGCACUUGAUUUUGACACUAAAGAGUCAGAUCUCAGAAUGCUCAUGUUAAUUUUAUCGUACUGUGUAAAGACUUUUUAAUGCUCGUUUGCAUUUGUGAUUUAUAAUAAAAAUGAGGUUGAAUUUAUAGAA